AUCUAAAAUAUUUUUGGUCUGGGUAAAAUGCUGCUUCAAAAACUCAAAAGAUCAAAUUAUGGUAGUCCAUUGUAUCGGUAUUGCACUUGCAGUGUGUAAAACCAAUAAAUAUGCAUGAAUUCUAUUUUAUUUUAUUUUAUUGCUGUUGUUCUUCAGGAUACAUACUAACUACUGUCUUUUUUCUUCUUUCUUUUCUUGGUGCAUUUCCUGGAUGAAUCUUCCACUUCAAUCUAAUAGGUAAGAUUAUUUUGAUUUCCCCUUUUCCCUGAAAUCUCACCCCAAACACUAAAAUCCUUAUCAUUGCAAUAUACAGCCACAAUUAAUAUGAAAUUCACAGUUCCCUUUACACAGUACAUGAUAGUAUUUCACCACAACCCAUGAUCUACAUUGACACUAGAUAUGAAAUGUUAUGAGUGUUUAUACAACAAAUAUCCCCAGAAAUGUUUCAUUGAAAGUCAUAUUGGUGCAGGACUGAGACUGCAGGUAGCAGUCUUGAAACACAGCAGCAACAUUACUCUAGUUUGUGUGCGUUGUGUAGUUCUACCCUAGGCUUUAUGCUACAUGAAUAUUAAUGUGAAUAUUUCUGGCUUCUGCUGUGGAGUCUUUGCCUAAAUAAUGCUCAAUCAUGGUGCACAAAAUAUUUUUGCUCUUCAGCAGGAUGCUAAUAUGUGUGAAGAGGGAAACAUGCAAGAAAGUAUCAAAACCUAUCAAAUUUAUCCAUUCCUUUCAGCUCUACAAAAAAGAAAACAAACCAAAAACAAACAAACAAACAUACUGCUCUGAAAUGUGUCAUUAUUUUUUCAUGCCUCUGGAUGAGUGUAGCAGUACUUUCAAUGUUGAUUCCACUGCUCAAAUCUAGGUCAUUGGACUCAUCAGUUAGAUUAGAUCAGAUUAUCUAUCCGUCUAUCUAUCCACUCCUUCUCUACUGUAUCUUUGUAUACAUUUGUUCAUUUAUCUAUGUAACCAUCUGUCAGCCUGCCUCUCUCUGCAGAUAUGCAGCUCAGUAUGGUUUUACACAGAAUCUGUGUGUUUGUCCACACUUCAGUCUCAACAUAAUGUUUGUCAAAUGAAUUCGCUCAAUCUCUUAUAUUUUUUAGUCUGCUGAAUAUAUUGUAUCAGAAAACGUUGUUGUUGCUGUCAGCCCACUCCAUUCACGGCAAAUUUUGGACCUACUUAGGUGGUCAUAAGAUGACUUGUAAACAGAGAUAAUAAUAAAACAGACAGUAUAUUAAUCACCCGUUAUGGAAAAAAUAUGCUUCAUUUAUUUAACUUAUUCGUUUAUCUUUUUAUUUAUGCUUAUCGAGAUCUUAUCGAGAUUUUGCUUUCUUUUGCAUGGGUGUUGCUAAAAAACAAUGUAUGUAGUAGUCAGGAAAGGCUAAACAGUGGAGCAUCAGUGCUCAGACACCUGCCGUUUUAGUUCAUCACUGCUGGUGGUGCUGUUGCCUAAGCAGACUUGUGCAAUGCGUAUUAAAGACACAAAGUCACCACCCGUCUUUAAAGGAGAUAGGCGAUGGCUAUUAAGCUGUCGUGGCUUUGGGUAAAUUUAAAAGAAGACUGUACACACUGCAAAGCCUCUAUGAUAAAUAGCUGGAGCUUUCUGUACCGAUGACUGUGUUGUUUUGGACCUGAUAUUACUGCGAAGAAAUGGAUAAUAUGAAGCACAACGGUACCCUGCGUCAGUGGAACGUCUCCAUUUUGCUUUUCUUUGUGGUUGCUGCUGUCACUGGACAAAUCCGCUAUUCUAUACCAGAAGAGAUGAGGAAAGGACUCUUUGUCGGGGACAUUGCAAAAGACCUGGGCUUGGAUGUCAGACGGUUGGUAUCUGGUCGAGCUCGACUGGUAAUAGAAGAUGAUAAUCAAUAUGUCGUGCUGAACCAGAACAAAGGCCAUAUCGUUGUCAAUGAAAGAAUUGACAGAGAACGAUUAUGCGCUAAGAAAUCUCCGUGCAGCUUUAGUCUGGAAAUUGUUCUUGAAGAGCCACUCGAAUUGUUUUCCAUUACUAUCGAAAUACAAGAUAUAAAUGAUCAUGCUCCCGUUUUCCCCAAAAAAGAAAUUAAUUUAGAAAUUAGCGAAUCGACGCCGACUGGGACUGUGUUUUUGCUUGAUAGUGCAGCUGAUCCUGACGUAGGGACAAACUCACUGCAGAGUUAUUCUUUAAAAGCAAACGAACAUUUUGUUCUCAAACAACAUACUCGAGCAGAUGGGAGUAAAUAUGCCGAAAUGGUGCUUCAGAGUGGUUUGGACCGCGAGAAGCAAAGCAAACAUGCGCUCAUAUUAACGGCUGUCGAUGGUGGCGAGCCGCAGAUGUCCGGAACGGUAAAAAUACACAUAUCUGUGCUGGAUGCAAAUGACAACUCGCCCGUUUUUACACAGUCCAUAUACAAAGCCUCUGUAUUGGAAAAUGCUUUACGAGGCACAAUUAUUGCCACAGUCAGUGCAGUAGACGCUGACCAAGGUUACAAUGGUAACGUUACAUAUUCAUUCACACACCUAGAAGAUGGUUCCGCUUGUCCUUUUGAAAUAAAUUCCAACAUAGGUGAGAUUAAACUAGUCGGGGAUAUCGAUUAUGAGGCUUCUCCAAAUUACGAGAUAAACCUCCAAGCAAAAGAUCCAUGGGGUGUCACAGGAGCCAGCAAGUUAGUGAUCGAAAUAGUAGAUGAAAAUGAUAACAGUCCAGUAAUCACAAUGGCUUCCUAUUCGGGGAAGAUUUCAGAAGAUUCUCCUCCUGGCACAGUUGUGGCGUUAAUUAGUGUCCAAGAUAAAGAUUCUGGAAAAAACGGACAGGUGCAUUUAACUAUAGAUGAACAUCUGCCUUUCAAAAUUAAAUCUUCCCUCAGAAACUAUUAUACAUUAAUCACUGCGCAAACUCUCGACCGAGAGAAGCUUCCCACAUACAACAUUACUCUCACUGCCACUGAUGAGGGCUUCCCAGUAUUAUCGAACAAAAAAUCCGUCUAUUUAGAAGUUAGCGAUAUUAAUGACAACGCUCCAGUUUUUAGUCAAAGUCUUUACAGCGCUCAGGUAACGGAAAACAAUUCUCCAGGUGUCCCUCUGUUGCAGAUUAGUGCUACUGAUUUGGACCAGGGCCAGAAUGCACGUAUAUCAUAUUUUCUUUUUGAAGACGAGCUGAAUGGAAAUCCGGUAUCCGCAUAUUUCUCCAUUAAUACAGAAAGUGGAGUCAUUCAGUCUCUGCGUUCACUGGACUAUGAACAAGUCAAAGAGUAUCAAAUACGAGUUAAAGCACAAGAUGGUGGGUCACCCCCACAAAGUAGUAACACAUCAGUUAUUGUACAUGUACAGGACCAGAACGACAACCCCCCUCAGGUUCUGUACCCAGUCCAGACUGGUGGCUCUCUGGUGGCUGAAAUGGUGCCUCGUUCAGCAGAUGUGGGCUAUCUGGUGACUAAAGUGGUGGCUGUUGAUGUGGACUCUGGACAGAAUGCCUGGCUCUCCUAUAAACUGCAGAAAGCCACAGACAGGGCGCUGUUUGAAGUGGGCUUACAGAAUGGAGAAAUCAGAACUAUCCGCCAAGUCACUGAUAAAGAUGCUGUCAAACAAAGACUGACUGUUAUAGUGGAGGACAACGGGCAGCCCUCUCGUUCAGCUACAGUCAUUGUUAACGUGGCGGUGGCGGACAGCUUCCCUGAAGUGCUGUCGGAGUUCACUGAGUUGACCCACGACAAGGAGUACAAUGACAACCUGACUUUUUACUUAGUCUUGGCUCUGGCUGUAGUUUCCUUCCUCUUCAUCACGUGUUUAGUGGUUAUUAUAUCAGUCAAAAUCUACAGGUGGAGACAGUCUCGCAUCCUGUAUCACUCCAACCUGCCUGUCAUUCCAUAUUAUCCACCACGUUACUCAGACACUUUGGGGACAGGGACUCUUCCACAUGUGUACAAUUACGAGGUGUGCAGGACGACUGACUCCAGAAAGAGUGACUGUAAGUUCGGCAGAGCUGGUAGUCAGAACGUGCUGAUAAUGGACCCCAGUUCUACAGGAACGAUGCAGCGGAUACAGAGUGAAAAGAGCAUCCUGGAUGAACCAGACUCUCCUCUAGAGGUUAGUUUAAUGAUCCACUGAUUUUAUUAACGUUCAGUCAAUUAUAUUGGAAUAGUUUAUUAC